AAGAAAAAAAAAUUACAAAAUAUUUCACGUUCAUCAUUGGAUCGUAAAUAGAAAUAAUUAAUCGAUUACGAUCACUAAUUGAUUUUUUUGUUUUGAUUAAUUUAUUAAAGUUAUACUUUAUAAGUAGCAAUGGACGACCGGGGAUUACGUUCGAAGUUGUAAAAAAAAGAUGGACGUCGGGAUGAAGCCUUGGACGACCAGGACGACGAAUGAUAGCGAGUAAAAUAAAGUCGUACGGCAAAAGUGUCGUUCGACAAAUCAAAUAUAAUUCAUGACGCGUGUCCUAGGUUGUUGAUAAGGGACACGUGUCGGUGUUUAGAAAUAUUUCCUGACACGCGUUUGGAUCGCCUUGACACGUGUCUCUUUAACUAUCCGUUUUUAUCCGCGUGGACGCCCUCACGGGCGCCCGUAUGUGUGUAAGUGUUCGUAUGUUUGUGCUUGUGCGUACGCGUGUUUUUUGAAAUCCUUUACUCGUGAUCGCAAUGGAUGUUAAAGGAUUUCGAAUUCCUGAGUACUCGAACACGAACGAAAAGGACAUCUAUAUAUCUUAAUCUCUUUUAAUGUUCCAUAAGAUUCUAUAAUAAUAAGGGAUGUAUAUAUAAAAAAGAAGAAAAAAGUAAAACUAGAAACGUGACGAAGCAACGAAGAAGAUGAGAAAAAGAGUGAUUAUCAGAAUGUGUUUAUUAAUUUUACGUGACAAGAAAGAAUUGUUUUGAUUUUGAAUAAGUGUAUUAAAGAGAAGGAAGAAGGACGAGGGAAAAGAUAUUAAUAAAUAUUAGAAAAAAUGUAUUCCAUGGACAAUUUGGAAUUGGACAUAAUGAAUCGUCAAUAUAUGUACGAGGCGCAUAGUUUCCUUGGUAAUCCAGCGAUUCCAGCUUUGCCUGCUCAUUAUGGUACACCAACUACGGCUAGCUUACCAACGAUUCCAUCCCAAUUACCGUCGCAUCCUUCUGGUAGUACCGGAAGUACAAGUGGUAGCGACGUUUAUCCCUAUGACGAGAAUAGCAGUGACAACGAGAGCGUAUACAGCAGCGAUCAAGAAAAUCAUGCAAGGGAACGAAGCCGAAGCCGAAGUCGUGGCAGCAGACGAAACGGUGUCGGUGGGAAAUGUCCAAGGCAGGCUGUUCAACAACGACAGGCUGCAAACAUGCGUGAGAGGCGACGUAUGCAGAACAUAAACGACGCGUUCGAGGGUUUAAGGGCUCAUAUACCUACAUUGCCCUACGAGAAGAGGUUAUCGAAGGUGGACACAUUAAAACUGGCCAUUGGUUAUAUUAAAUUCCUCAAUGAACUCGUUCGUGCUGAUAAAGGAAACGAUCCACUAACAGGAAACGGUGGUCAUUCAAGGUGUUCUGGACGAGAUGACACUAAGAAGAUCAUAGUUCGUGGAAGCGGUGGCAAUCCCUUUAUCUCUCAUUCUCUCUCUUGGUCAAGAGAAUCAGAUGUUUCGUCAAACGGUACUAUGUACGCUAAGGUUUGGACGCCUGAAGAUCCGAGAACAGCGAAAACCGGAACGACUUACGAGUGAAGAAUUCUCUCCUUAAUUUCCUUUCUAUCAUUUAUCCAUCUACAUCCAUCGUGAUUAGAUAAAAAAAAAGAAAAGAAAAAGAAAAAGAAAAAGAAAAAGAAAAAAAACAGAAAAAAGAAAAUAAGGAAAGGAAAAGAAAAAAACAACAACAAAGAGGAAAUAAUCAACCUCCUCCCGCCCAAAUCGAUCCCUCUGAAAAUUCCAAGAUCUCAAAAUAAUUGAGAAAUUUCGUAACGCGUGUUAUUUAGUGUCUAAGAAGGUGAAAUUUAUAAAAUAAUCGAAACGUCUAGUCUUAUCGUGAAUUUCUAGAAGUUCGAUUAGAAGAACUCGCGAGAACCAAAAAAGAAAAAAAAAAAAAAGAAAAAAAAAAGAAAAGAAGGAAAGAAAAAUAAUCUAAUCUAGUCUAAACUUUAACUGUGACGAAUAAUUCGCUCUCGCGAAUUGUGCGGACUCGUAAAAUGAACAAAGAAA